UUGGUAUUAAGAUGGCAGUGCAGGAAUUCGGAGCAAUUUGGUGGAUGGACACGUCAGUACGAUGGAAAAAAGAUUAUCAGCAAGCUGGUGUAUGAUGAGAUUCGCUGUCGCGAUUCACAUUAUCAACCUCCUGUAAGCUUUAUGGACUUCGUUGCCAUCAGAAAAGUCACAAAGUGUGAUAAGUCAGGAUAUCUUUUGCAAGCGCCAGCUAACCACAGCACCUUCGCUACUACUAAUCCUGGUGUUUACGAAUACAUUCCAACGGUAAUACAUCGUCUAAAGCGCAGAUCAUGCGAGCUUUACGAAGCUAAUUUCGCAUUAGUCAUCAGAACAAAAGACACCGUCAGCAUAUUAAAAUGGUUGAUAUUAUGUGCAUUGGAAAAGGACUGCAUGGCUCCGCCAGGAUCGCAGCUUAGCUGUAAAUUCAGCGGUGAUCGCUUCACCCAGUACGCUCAUUGUGUUUACGAAUACAUUCCAACGGUAAUACAUCGUCUAAAGCGCAGAUCAUGCGAGCUUUACGAAGCUAAUUUCGCAUUAGUCAUCAGAACAAAAGACACCGUCAGCAUAUUAAAAUGGUUGAUAUUAUGUGCAUUGGAAAAGGACUGCAUGGCUCCGCCAGGAUCGCAGCUUAGCUGUAAAUUCAGCGGUGAUCGCUUCACCCAGUACGCUCAUUGUCAUCGGUAG